AUGAAUUUAUUGCAGGGGUUGGUGCCAGCUGCAAGUGAAGCACUUCCAGAGGCUGAGCACAGAUUUUGUGCUAGACAUGUAUAUGCCAAUUGGAGUAAGGACUGGAGAGGUGGUGAAUUGAAGGUGAAGUUUUGGUCCUGUGCUUGGAGCACUUAUGAGGAAGAAUUUAUUGAAAACUUGAACAAGAUGGCAGCUGACCAUGGUGAUCAAGCACCUCGUGACUUGCUCAAAUACUUACCUAAUAAGUGGUGCAAAGCUUACAUCAGUGCCAGAUGCAAAUGUGACAUGGUAGACAACAAUGUAUCAGAGACAUUCAAUUCUUGGGUGAAUGAGUUUAGAGACAGACCAAUUAUCACACUCCUAGAAGAGAUUAGAAAGAAGGUGAUGACUAGGAUAGCUGAGUACAAGAAGUUCACUUCCACAUGGCAGGGGGACUUUUCCCCUGAUUGCUUGGCUACCUUUGAGAGUAAUUUCCUGUUGAGCACAGACUGUGAGGUCAUCUACAAUGGUGAUGAUAGCUACGAGGUCAGUCAUGGUGAUGACCAACAUACUGUGGUUGUGAAGCAGAAGGCUUGUACAUGCAGGUUGUGGGAUAUUAGUGGGGUUCCAUGUUCACACGCAAUUGCAGCCAUAUACCAUGCUGGUGGGAACCCAUUGGAGUACAUAUGCAAUUGCUUCAACAAGCGUAUGUUUGAGAAUGCAUAUCACUUUGCACUACAACCUGUUAGGGGAGUGAAGUUUUGGCACUGUGAUCAAUACCAGCCAAUUGAACCCCCACCAUUCAAGAAACCACCUGGCAGGCCAAAGAAGAAUAGGGUCAGGGACAAAAGUGAGCCAAAGAAGAAUACGGUUAGGGACAAAAGUGAGCCACAGAGGCCAACAACCUCUCAGAAGUUGGGGAGAGCAGGUGGUCGUGUUACAUGUGGUCUAUGUAAAGGGGUAGGCCACAACAAAAAAACCUGCAAAAACAAAAAUGAUAGUCCUUCUACUAUGGAGAAUGAGGGACCAGCAGCAGUAAGGGGGGGGACCAGCAGUGGUGAGAGAGGAACCAGCAGUUGUGAGAGAGGGACCAACAGUGGUAAGAGAGGGACCAGCAGUGGUAAGAGAGGGACCAGCAGUUGUGAGAGAGGGACCAGCACGACCUACUCAUGUCAAUGUUGGUACUGGAGGACCACCAUUAACUCAAGAAUCAACGAGCUUUCCAAGAACUUUCCAGGGAAAUGCAAGGCAAAAACUGAAAGUGAGAAAAGCACUUGCUAGAGACUAUGCAAAGAAUAUGGGCAAAGAACAGCUCAACAGUGGUGUUGGGGUGACUUAUGAUCCCCCAACUGGCAAGACUUCUUUUUUGGGCUCAACCACUGCCUCCCAAGUUGUUGAUCCUGGAAAUGUGGCAGCUGCCCAACAACACACGGAUGCUUGGUCCUUCAGGUAUGCACUAAGGCAGAGGAACCCACUAUUGGCUCCAACAAAAAGGACAAGUACAGAAGGGUUGAGGAAAAUCAAUUUUACUCCAGAUGGUCAAGGUCCAGUGAAUUUGCCUUUCAAAGAUGUGACAUACAAGGGAAAUCCUGCUGUAACCUUAACCCAAUUGCAGAGCCAAGCCAAAAAAAGGAAGACAUCUACAAGGAAUGAAGAAAGCAGUAAGCAGUUGCCACAAUCCCAACCUAUUAUGACCAGAAGGAAGCAACAAGUUCAAGCAGAAAACACUGCAUAGGGGCUGCCAUUUUUUGUGAAAUAUUUUGGAUACUGCAUUUUGUAAAGGGCUAAACCUUAAGAAACAAUCUUCAUAUAGUACUAGGUAUACUAUUUUUGUGCAGUAUUUUUGUAAAGGGCUAAAAACUUUUCCUUUAGAUAGCAUUAUGAUAUGA